ACAAUUGCAGGAAAUGCAUGUCAUCCAUAUGAGCCAUUCAAAUGUCCUGGAGAUGGAAUAUGUAUUUCAAUUCAAUAUUUAUGUGAUGGAGCACCAGAUUGUCCAGAUGGGUACGAUGAAGAUUCCCGACUGUGUACUGCAGCUAAACGACCGCCUGUAGAAGAAACAGCAAGCUUUUUGCAGUCAUUACUUGCAAGUCAUGGUCCCAAUUAUUUAGAAAAAUUGUUCGGUAGUAAGGCAAGAGAUGCAUUAGCACCCUUAGGAGGUUCGGAAAAAGUAGCUAUUGCGCUUUCAGAAUCACAAACUAUUGAAGAUUUUGGAGCUGCGUUACAUUUAAUGCGAUCUGACUUGGAACAUUUACGGUCUGUUUUUAUGGCUGUUGAGAAUGGUGAUUUAGGAAUGUUAAAAUCAUUGGGUAUCAAAGAUUCGGAACUUGGUGAUGUAAAAUUCUUUUUAGAAAAACUAGUAAACACGGGAUUUCUAGAUUGAACUAUUUUGCAAAGGGUACUUAUUUAUUUUGCUCAUCCAAAAAAAAAUUCUCAUGUCCAAACAAUACCAACAUAUUACUUAUAUUUACCUGCUAAUUAUAUAGAGUAACUUAUUUCAAAUGAAAAGAUAAAAGGCAAAAAAAAAAAAAAAAAUGUCGCACGCUAAUUAAACAAAAUAUUAUUUUCAUAAAAACAAAAGUUUUUACCAAGACAAGGAUCCGAUGAGUAGGUAAUGAAUUCACUUAAAACAUGGUUUAAAUAUAAAUUGAAUUUAUUUUAGUCUUGAUUUUCCAAAUUUCCUAUGAAAACAAGUUCCUUGUAAAAACAUUAAUUGACUAGUUAAACAAAAGAGAAGAAGAAGUUGUUAAGCAAAAUUUUUAAUCAGAUUUGAAAAAACUAGCAAAAAGAAAAUUUUCUAACUUUUUGAAACUGUUAAUAAUAAAUAUAUUGUUGAUAUCUAAAGUUUAAAUAUUUGAAAAAGAAGGAGAAAUAAGAAUCGGUAUGAAUCAGUUAUGCCAUCAUAAGCUUAUAAUAUGCAUAUUUCUUAUUGUAUGUCUAAACAAAGAAACAAUUAUUCAUAAAGAAACAAUUAUUCAUGCCGCAUAUGGUAGCCAAACAAAAUAAUAUCCACAUGUAAAUGGAUACCUUUCAUUAAAAGAAUGUGCACUUUUAACGAAAUUUCAAUUGCAAGUUAAUCGUUUUUAUAGCAAAUAUGUGGUAAUUAUCGUUAAAAAAUUGUUUAUAUGAUACAAACAAUAAAUUGAAGUUAGUUUUUUUUAUUACUGAAUAGUGAUUGACUAGUCAAUACGUUAGGAAGUUCUAUUUUGUUCGCAGCUAAUAAAAUUUUAUAAUAAAUAUUUCGAGAGUAGUGCAACGAACAUUAAUAAGACUAGAGUGCUAAAGAUUCCUCCGCACGUAAUCAUUUGUCAACCAUCAAUCAGGAAGUGAAAGAUUAUUUAAAUCAAUUAUACAUGUAUUUGCAACAGAGUUCCUUAAUAAUCUAAAUAUUUGAUUUCGAACUUUGAUCCUUUUUAUUUAAGAAAUGCAAAAAUUAUCUUCAAAAUAUAUGACUUGUAGAAACAAGCCAAACUUAGAGCAAUUUAAAAAAAAAACCAUAGUUUGGAUUAGCUCGAUUUAUAUCUAAAUCAUUUGGCGAAAUAGAAUUUACAAAUUUGAUAUACCUAUUUAAUAUAUUUUUCUAUUUAUAAAAUAAAAACAGUAAAUAAUGAUUUUGGUUAAUAUAAAAUUUAAAUAUUUUUCAUUUACUAUACUCGGUUAGAAAAAGAGGGGAACAUUUCAAACAAAAA